UGACACCAUAAACUCUGAAGAUGGACAACCUCACGCCGUCUGAUCUCUUCUCGCCCUCGAAAGCUCGGCAACAGCGUGCGCGGGCACAGGACUGGGCACAUAUUGACUCAUGGCUGUCAUACAAGUAUGCCGGGCGCACAGUGCCUACGUUUGAGCGCAAUGAGGAGACGCUGAAGGUGCUACGCGAAUUAUCGAUGGCGAAUGAGAGGGCAGAUGAGGAGCGUGCAAUACUAGAACGUGUAGAGCGAGAAGCGUUGAAGGAGCUAGAUGAGGCCACCACCAACUCAAGCGACGCUCACAUUCUCUCUACCCUUCGCGCACACCUUACGUCCGAAGGAACGACUGCCCUUACCGCACUCGCAUCCACCACAAUCGCGCUCUCGACACCAACAGCAGACCCGCAGACCCUCGCCCACGCCCUCAUCUCGCACACCAUCACAACGCAGAACCUCACCAACCAAUUCACCCACAUCCAAACUCUCCAACAAUACCUCUCAAAACAACACGCUCUCCUCCGGACCCAGAUCCACGAGCUACAAACCAACCCCUCGUUCUCCGCUCCAUCCUCGCUCCAACGCCAGACAAUCGAGCAGGCCCGGCAAACCAAGCAUCUCCGCUCCAAGAUCCGGGAAGCAGAGUCGCAGCUCUCCUCCCUUCAUUCUAGCCAUGAGCGUGCUAUGACGCCAGGGUCGAAGAACAUAGCGUCUGCAGAGGCGAUAACGGAGAUGCUGGAGCAGCAGCUCGCGUUGGAGGAGCUGAGGGACAGAGUCGAGGCGUUGGAAGGGGAAGUUGAAGAGUUCGGCGGGUUGCCGGCUGAUCUGGCAGCUGCGAGGAAGGAAGUGGGACGGUUCGAAGUCAAGUGCGAUGAAGUACGAAGAAGGCGAGAUGAACUUUUCGAGGGGUUGGUGGGGUAAGAAGAGUUGGAUCAGGAACUACAGAAGAGUCUUCAACAGGUUGCGCCGAGGUCGUUUGAUAAGUCCACAAACUUCAGUCUAUCCCUGGGGUAUCUUCCAAAUCGUGCCGAACUCCCCAUCAAGUACAUGAUCAAACCUGUGGUUUCCUCCAGCGUCAGCCUGACCCACGAUAAUCACUUCUGCUCACUCCGAAAACCAAGGGUGCUUGAACAGCUCUU